AGGCCGUCGUCUUAAAGCGAUUUGGCAUAUCAGACCAUGCUCGCGUCACGCAGCUUCUUAACGAAACCGAGCUUGGGGAUCGAAAGCCUUCGCAGUUGCUGCACAAGAUGCAAGCUCUAGCUAAGCCUCUCGCUGUUGGCGACUCUUUCCUUAAAGAGAUGUGGCUUCGUUGCCUGCCACGUGACAUGCGCAAUCCCUUGUAUGCAAACGAUGCGCCUCUUCCUCAGCUCGCAGAUAUUGCCGACCGUAUUUGGGAAUCCAACGCCCAAAUAUCUCAGGUUCAGUCUACCUCCAGUACAGAGGUAGCAGAACUAAGAGCGCAAGUAGCCGCAUUGACCAACCGACUAGAGAAGCUAACACAAUCCGGAUCCAACCGCCGAAAUCGUUCCAGUAGUCGCAGUCCUCCUAGAUCACAUUCGAAAUCUCCCCCUAGGUCAAGCUAUUGCUGGUAUCACGAGCGAUUUGGUCAUCAGGCCAGAUCGUGUCGCCCGCCUUGUUCCUUCAAGCGCAACAUGCAGGGAAACGGGUAGGCCAGCACGUAGGGGCGACGGACGUUGCUGGCUGCCCCAGUCGCCUUUUCUUUGUCACCGAUCGCAGUACGGGAGUACGCUAUCUCGUUGACACCGGCGCAGAAGUCAGCGUUAUCCCACGUGAUUCUAAUGAUAUCGAAGAGGCGACCGGUUCAUUGCGCGCAGCAAACGGCACCACCAUUCGCGUGUAUGGUCAACGCUCGCGCACGCUUAAUUUAAACCUACGACGUUCAUUUAAAUGGAUCUUUCUCGUCGCAGAUGUCCAGACGCCAAUUCUUGGCCUUGACUUUCUGCAGCAUUUCGAUUUACUUGUUGACGCGAAGCAACGCCGUCUGAUCGAUCGUCAAACAAACCUGGCAGUUAUAGGUACUUUGACCGACAUAGAGUCAAUCAGUCCUGUAUACGCCAACCUGUCAAGCUCGCCUAUCGGUCAGAUGCUUAAUACCAAGUUCCCG